AUGAAAUUGAUUUUGAUAAAGAAAAUCCUAAUAGUGCUGAUAAAGUCUAUAGAGAAUAUGCUAUUCAAAAAAAUUACAAACCAUUAAAUAUAGAUGAAAAUCAAUAUGAAAAAUUAAAAAUUCCAAUAUGUAAUGAACAAUUAUCUUCAUUAGUUGUAAAAAGUACAUUAAAUGCAAUAAAUUAUUAUUCAUCAUUACAAGUCGAAGAUGGUCAUUGGCCUGGGGAUUAUGGUGGUCCGUUGUUUUUAUUACCCGGUGCAGUAAUAACAGCUUAUAUAACGAAAUUUGAUUUUACAGAAGAACAAAAAUAUCAAAUGAUUAAAUAUUUAUUUAAUCAUCAAUUAAGUGAUGGUGGAUGGGGAACUCAUAUUGAAAAUAAAUCAACUAUGUUUGGAACUGUUUUAAAUUAUAUAUCAUUAAGAUUAUUAGGAAUUCAAUUUAAUGAUCAAAGAAUACAAAAUGCUUAUGAUUUUAUUCAACGAGAAGGUGGUGCGAUGUAUGCACCAAGUUGGGCAAAAUUUUGGUUAUGUGUAUUAGGUGUUAUGCCAUGGGAAGGUGUUAAUUCAUUAUUUCCAGAAUUAUGGUUAUUACCUGAAUGUUUACCUGUUCAUCCUUCUCGAUAUUGGUGUCAUUGUAGAAUGGUUUAUUUACCAAUGAGUUAUGUUUACGCUAAAAAAAUUGUUGGAGAAAUAUCUCCACUUAUUAAACAAUUAAGAAAUGAAUUAUAUGUUGACAAAUAUGAAAAUAUUAAUUUUAGCAAACAUCGAAAUUCAAUUAGUUCAUUAGAUUUAUAUAGUCCUCAAACAAGUUUAUUAAAAAUUUUAAAUUUUUUGACAAAUACUUAUGAACAUAUAUAUAAUCGUAAAUUACGUAAUAAAGCAAGUGAAUUUCUACUAAGUUAUAUUGAAGCAGAAGAUGAACAUACAAAUUAUAUUGAUAUUGGUCCUGUUAAUAAAUUUAUAAAUAUGUUAUCAGUAUGGUAUUCAAAAGGACGUCAAAGUAAACAAUUUGAAUUACAUUUAAAUCGUGUCAAUGAUUAUUUAUGGUUAAGUGAAGAUGGAAUGAAAAUUCAAGGUUAUAAUGGUUCACAAUUAUGGGAUACUGCUUUUUCAAUUCAAGCUAUUUUAGAAACAGGAUUAACAGAUUUAUAUAAAAAUUGUCUUUAUUCAUCUUAUUCUUAUUUGGAUAUAAGUCAAGUUUUAGAAGAUGUUAGAGAUAAUGUUAAAUAUUAUCGUCAUAUAUCAAAAGGUGGAUGGCCAUUUUCAACUAGAGAUCAUGGUUGGCCAAUAACAGAUUGUACUGCUGAAGGAGUUAAAACAACAUUAUUAGUACAUGAACAAUUAUUUAAUUGUCCUCGUACAAUAACAUAUGAUCGUUUAGAAUAUGCUAUUAAUUUUAUUCUUAGUACACAAAAUAAAGAUGGUGGAUGGGCAUCAUAUGAACUUAAACGUUCAGAUUCUUGGAUAGAAUGGUUAAAUCCUGCUGAAGUAUUCAAAGGUAUUAUGAUUGAUUAUUCAUAUGUUGAAUGUACUUCUGCUUGUAUACAAGCAUUAUCAAAAUUUCGUUCAAAAAUUCAUUUUCCUAAUCAUAGACGAGAAGAAAUUAAUGUUGCAAUUGAUCGUGGAAUUGAAUUUAUUAAAAAAAGUCAAAGAUCCGAUGGAAGUUGGUAUGGAAGUUGGGCUGUAUGUUUUACAUAUGGAACAUGGUUUGGUAUUGAAGGUUUAAUUAGUGGUGGAGAAUCAAUUGAAUCAAAUGAAAUAAAAAAAGCUGUAGAAUUUUUAGUAUCAAAACAAAAUUUUGAUGGAGGUUGGGGAGAAUCUUAUUUAAGUUGUGUUUAUAAAUCAUAUAUUAAUCAUAAACAAUCUCAAGUUGUUAAUACAGCUUGGGCACUUUUAUCGUUAAUGUCUGCAAAAGCAGAUCAAAUUGUUAUUCGAAAAGGAAUUCAAUUUCUUAUUAAUAAACAAUCUUCAAAUGGAGAUUGGAAUCAACAAGGAAUUACGGGAGUUUUUAAUGGAAAUUGUAUGAUUAGUUAUACAAAUUAUAGAAAUAUUUUUCCUAUUUGGGCUCUUGGACGAUUUAUUAAAAAUAAUUAUAUACGACAAUAA